UGAAUUAAAAUAUUGCUUUGUAAAACAAAAAUGAAUUUGGUUCGAUGGAUCCGACAUGGGACCAUAUUUGGUAUUCUUUAUUCAAGUACUUUUGCCCCUUUUUUAGGUAAGUGGUAGCAGCUAGCCGGGCUAAAAAGGCAAAAAGACCGCUACAAACUCUUUAGUUUUGCCCACAUUUUUUCAACAUCUAGACGUGCUUUCGGGUUUCACGGUGAAAGAACAUCUGCUUUUAUGCUAGCUAGCUCUAUCUUCUUUCUAAUGAAGAAGAGUGGAAAUUCAAACUUGGGAUAAGCAGGAGAGCUAAUCGACCGAUGAUCUCCUUCUCGAUCUAGAGAGAUCGGACACAGAUAUGCAAUCUUCCUCCCUCUCUCUUGUGAUUGUUGGUUUUUGGUUCGAAUAUCUGGUUUUACUUUUGAUCGAUCGACAUAGUACUGUACUUUAAACGUCAACUGUAGUAUUCCUUUUUCAUGUAUACUUAGUGACAGUUUAUACUAUCGUACUCCUUUCAUGUACAUGUUCGUAACUUGCAUUCUUUGAACAAAAAUUAACUAGUCAUAUAUAGAAUAGAAGUCAAUUUUUUUAGAGUUCAUCAAGUGUAUACCGUUAAGAAUGAAUCUCACGUUUAUGGGAGGAGGAGUCUUGCAUGAGCUUAUAAGUAAGUUGGGCUAUUACCAAUUGGUUUUAUGGUUGAACCUCAACUUUCUUUAUGGUAUUAGAGCAGGUGGUCCCAUGUGUGAAGCUCAACGAUCAUAGUGUUACACGUCACCCCGCUUGUGUUGUCCAUGUGUUAGGCUUGAAAAUUCACCACACGUAAGGGCCGUGUUGAGAAUGAAUCACACAUAGAUGGGAGGGACAUUGCAUGGGCUUAUAAGUAAUUGGCUAUUCCCCAUAUUACUAAUUGGUUUUACGGUAGAACCCCAACUUUCUUCGAAAACUUCCCAUUGUAACUAAUAAUAUCAUAUGUAGAACAAUUCCUUUUUUUUAAGACACGGGAGAGCUAUGGAGUCAUCAAAAUUAAUUGUAAAAACAACAUGAAGAACUUUUGUUUUUCAUAUCCUAUAUAUAUUUCUUGAGCAUUGUAAGUCAAUAUAACCAAUUUUCCUCCCAAACUAAGGCCAACAUAUCACGUGUUAAAAUUUCUCUUUAUUGACUUCUCCUUAAAAGCACAAAACACCGAUUGACUAAAUCCUAAUGUUAAAAAUAUUUUGUGACCUCAAACAAGUUACCCAUUUUUAUCCCUUCUUAUGGCCACGUAAGGUCCGGAUGAGAUAAAGCAAAUUAAGUCCUAUAUAUAAGUAGAAACUUUGCCUUCAAUGGAGAGACAAUUAAGGAAUGAGGCUAAUUAAUUUGUUUGUGGCAGCCAUUCAAAUUAAGAAUGAAACGUAAUUUUAGCAUCUUUAAUAACGUGUAAAAGAAAUGAAGAAACUGUUGAUUUUUGAUUUAUUGAGUUGAGUUUUUCUUCUGUUUUUUGACGUUUCUGCUUCUCUUUAUACGCGUUGACAUUAAUCUAACAAUUUUCUUUCUGUAUUUUUGUUAUUUGACCAACCAUUUUAGUUAGAGCCACAUUUGCAACCACCCCCACCCAUAUUUUUAGCUUUUAGAGUAAAUUCUGACCAUUAAACUAACCCUUUGUUUUCCUUUUUGCUGUUUUUGGUUUAGAUUAUUACUUAUGGCCCAGAAAUAUAGCCGAGCAUGUAGGGUUUAGAAAUUGAUGGAUGUACCACCUAUUAAUUUGCGUACUUUAUUCAUGGUUAUGAAAUAUUUAGGCACCUAAAAUCUUGUGUUUCCAGUCAGAGCAGUUAAUUUGACUCGUUGAAAACACUUUCGGUUUCUGAUAUAUUUCUAUUAGCUAACUCCAUCAAACACUCCCAAAAUCUCAGGGCCGGUUGUUGAGGCUGAGGAAAUUUUAGUUUCUUGAGUGGUUUGUGUGCAUGCGCAUGAAAAUGGACGUGGGUAUUUGUGAACAAGAGUUGGCGACGAAUGCCACCGCAUGCAGCCUGUUUCCAGCAUCACUAUCUCCACGGAGACUUCUCAGCGGCAGCGGUCGGAAGAACCAUGCUUACCGAAAGCUGCCCCAGGAGCCGCUUAAGCUUUUUGUCAUCAAAUUGGAUGGCUCUAGCUUUGGCAGAGAUUCAAGUUUCUAUGACAGCCACGGUAGCCGAACUGAAAGAGGCAGUGAAGGAUGUUUUCAGUCAGUCGCCGAUGCAUGAAAUGAUUUCAUGGUCACAUGUGUGGGGUAAUUUUUGCUUAUGCUAUAAAGGUCAGAAGCUACUCGAUUACAAAGCAUUAAUCCGACUUUUUGGAAUCAAAGAUGGCGAUAAGAUAUUUUUUGUUCAACAUGCUUCAAUUAAGUAUGAGCGGGAAAAGCGACGGAUAGGGUUGUGGAGGAAAAGGAUAUGUGACAUCCCUGCUUAUGAACAGCUAGUGAAGUUGUGAUGAUGAUGAUUGAUGAAUGACAAUUACACAUGAAUAAUUUGCAUGCAUGCAAUAUUAGGGUUUGUGGAUGAAUUCUUCCACUUGAGAAAUCUGAUUCUUUCAUGUGUUGAUUAAUUUGAUUAGGCAUAUGUACGUUGUUUAUAGUUGUAGCAAGAAACACAGAGAAUUUGUUCGUUAAAAUCAGUGUACAAUGCAAUGAAACUAACACACAGCAGAAAAUUGUAAAAUUGUGAAUAUUUCAUGGAUUGAUUACUUACGAAAACCGAAAACGAGGAUAGUACGUAGAUCUUCAGAUGAUCAGCUUCAAUUUGGGAUCCGAUUCUGCGGAGAGCAUAUACACUUACAGGAAGGUGCAGCAUGGUUAAGAUUUAAGAGGAUAGCAGGAUGCAUGAAGACCAGGUCUUGAUGUAUAUAGAAAGGGUAGUAAAUCAAGAUCUUCAGGAUUAUAUCUGUCUUGGUCUGUAUGUUUACCGCAAGUUUCAAUAAAUUUUAAUGAAAGAAAGAAUAAAAAAGCUCAAAUUUUCAAGAGUU